AUGUUUAAAAACGAGCCGCUGGAACAAAUCGACAAGGAGCUGUACGACAUUUUGGCAGACGAAGAGAAGAGACAAAGACAGACCAUAAACUUGAUAGCCUCUGAGAACCUGAUGAACGUGGCCGUGCGCGAGUGCCUGGGGAAUCGAGUGAGCAACAAGUACUCGGAGGGUUACCCCAAGAAGAGGUACUACGGAGGGAACGACUACAUCGACAAAAUCGAGGAGCUCUGCCAGAAGAGGGCGCUGGAAGCCUUCAAUGUAAGCGACGAAGAAUGGGGAGUCAACGUGCAACCGCUUUCCGGAUCGGCGGCCAAUGUCCAAGCCCUCUACGCUCUGGUAGGCGUAAAGGGAAAAAUAAUGGGCAUGCAUCUAUGCUCUGGAGGGCACUUAACACAUGGGUUCUUCGAUGAAAAAAAAAAAGUAUCCAUCACCUCGGACAUGUUUGAAUCGAAGCUCUACAAGUGUAACGACCAAGGAUAUGUUGACUUGGAUGCAGUGCGCCAGAUGGCCUUGUCCUUCAAACCCAAGGUCAUAAUCUGUGGAUACACCAGCUACCCUAGAGACAUAGACUACGAGCAGUUCAGAAAAAUCUGUGAUGAAGUGGAUGCCUAUUUAUUUGCAGAUAUCUCCCACAUCUCAAGUUUUGUCGCAUGCAAUAUACUGAAUAACCCCUUUUUGCAUGCCGAUGUCGUUACCACAACGACGCAUAAAAUAUUAAGAGGGCCCAGAAGCGCAUUAAUCUUUUACAAUAAAAAAAGAAAUCCUGGGAUCGAGCUGAAGAUAAAUAGUGCAGUUUUUCCAAGCUUCCAGGGAGGACCCCACAACAACAAAAUUGCAGCGGUUGCCUGUCAGCUGAAAGAGGUUAAGUCAGACUAUUUUAAGACAUACACACAACAGGUUCUGCUAAACAGUAAAGCACUAGCUAAAUCGUUAAUUAGUAAAAAUAUUGACUUAGUGACCAACGGAACGGAUAAUCAUCUCAUUGUCGUAGAUUUGAGGAAAUUUGGCAUUACAGGAUCCAAACUACAGGAGACGUGUAACGCGAUUAACGUGGCACUGAAUAAGAACACCAUCCCGUCGGACGCGGAUUGUGUCUCCCCCAGCGGGGUGCGUAUUGGUACUCCUGCCAUGACUACCAGAGGCGCAAAGGAAAAGGACAUGGAAUUCAUCGCCGAUGCUUUGCACAGGGCCAUCAAAAUAACAGUGGAUCUGCAGCAGCAGUAUGGCAAAAAACUCGUCGACUUUAAGAAGGGUUUGCCUGGCAGUGCUGAGCUGCAGCAGUUGAAGCAAGAGGUUAUCACCUGGGCCAGCGCCCUGCCCUUCCCCUGA